AUGAGAAGGGAGAAUCAAACCGUUCCAACAGGGUUCGUUUUUAUUGGGUUUUCCCACUUUCCUAAACUCCAGGCCGUGCUGUUUGUGCUGUUUUUCCUAAUGCACGUGGUGACCCUAGUUGGAAAUAUUGCGAUAAUGUUUGUUAUCAGGCUGCAUCAGAGGCUGCACAUGCCCAUGUAUUUUUUUCUAAGUGCUCUAUCCUUCUCAGAAAUCUGUUAUACCUUCUCCAUCAUCCCAAAGAUGCUGUCUGGAUUAGUGCCGGGAACUAGAACCAUUUCUUUCCUGGGCUGUGCUGCACAAAUGCAUUUCUCCUUCAUGUUUGGAUUCACGCACUCUUUCCUCCUGACAGUGAUGGGAUAUGACCGGUACGUGGCGAUCUGUCAGCCCUUGCGUUACAGCACCAUGAUGACCUCCCGAGCCUGUACCCAGCUGGUGGCUGCCUCAUGGGCAGGCGGUGGUCUCCUGGGGGUGCUGGUGACCGGUGCUGUGUUCCAGUUACCAUUCUGCCAGUCCCACCACGUUGACCACUUCUUCUGCCAUGUGCCCCCCAUACUCCAGCUGGCUUGUGCUGGUGGAGAGCUGGUUGGCACUGUAGUUGGCAUCUUUUGCAUUACUGCCUUGUUGGGAUGCUUUCUGUUCAUCCUUCUCUCCUACGCCUUUAUCCUUGGCUGUAUCCUGCAGAUGCCAUCAGCCAAGGGGAGGCACAAAGCUUUCUCCACCUGUGCCUCCCACAUCACCAUAGUGGUGGUGCAUUACGGUUGUGCCUCUGUCAUCUAUUUGAAACACCAGUCACCCCGUGCUGCAGGAGCUAGUGUUCUGAUUGAUGUGUCUUAUACUGUCUUCACCCCUUUCCUGAGCCCCAUCAUUUUUAGUCUGCGAAAUAAAGAUUUAAAAAAUGCCUUUUGGAAAUCUCUGAAGAAAAGCUUCAUCAUCAGGAAUGCAAAUAUUUGUCCAGGAUCUAGUUUCAGUUACAGGAAUGAUUAUUGCUAA